UGUCCAUGGCGACUGGCCUUCCACGCCCACACACUCGCCGCCCCCACGGCCCACACCUCUCUUCUUCUCUGCCCUGGGAGUGGCCCUAUGCUGGGAACCUGCCUCUCCUAGCUGUCUGUGUUCCAACCCCCUUAAGGAGGUAGCCUGCAAAGCCCGUCAAGCACCCCACUACGGAGUUUUUGGCUAAAACUUAACUUCUCCCUUCAGAGUCAGAUGUUGAUGAAGGAGACUGAGGCCCCAUUUGGGGCACCUGUGAGCACCUGAUCACCUUAACUGUUUUAGUUCCUUCCCCCACUCCCAACAAAAACAAAUCAUCAUACCUUGUGGGGGGAAAGAGGAGUCCAGAGAGAGGCCAUUAGGGCUUCUUAAAACUGCUGAUGCCUGCUGCUUGGGUCUUGGUUCCCACGGAUGGUGGUGCACGCUGGGGCCUGGCUUCAGUCCUAUGCAUCUGAGGUCCACCAGCCUACUUAAGUGUCAUGGAUUUCUCCAAGCCUAAGGCCAGGCAGGGAUUUGUCAGGUUGAGGGCUGGAUUUGGAAUGGGUCCUGGGCUUCCAGGGCAGGUAGUCAGUCAUACAGGCCUUAGUGUGGUUGGUACUUGAGAUUCUUUGGAGCUAAGACUCUGGCUGAGAUUUGUACUCUCCUUGGGUUCCCACGAGGAAUUAUGGGAUUUGUAGUCCUAAAUUAACCUCCUGACUUUUGAAGCUGAGAAGCAGCAGGCUGCUCUGGUCCCUCUGGCCCUGCUAAGGCUUGGAGUUCAGGAAGUCAUUCCCUCCUGUAGUCAGGGGAGAGUUUGGCUGACCUCAGGACUGGCUUUGAGAGCCCUGAUUAGGUACCAGCUGGGGGCCAGGGAUGGCCUGUAACCUUGUGUCUUCCUUCUGGUUGGUAGCAUUUCUGGGGACGACCAGCUGGCUGAGGCUCAGGGACAGAGACGGCUGCUCCAGCUAAAGUGGCCUCGGACCCCGCUUGGGCUGUGGAGUGGAUCGAACUUCCUCGGGGCCUCUCUCUAUCUUCCUUGGGAUCUGCUCGGACCCUUCGAGGCUGGAGCCGGUCCUCCCGCCCUUCCUCCGUGGACAGCCAGGACUUGCCAGAGGUGAAUGUUGGAGACACAGUCGCGAUGCUGCCCAAGUCCCGGAGAGCCCUAACUAUCCAGGAGAUUGCUGCGCUGGCCAGAUCCUCCCUGCAUGGUAUUUCUCAGGUGGUGAAGGACCACGUGACCAAGCCCACCGCCAUGGCGCAGGGCCGAGUGGCUCACCUCAUUGAGUGGAAGGGCUGGAGCAAGCCAAGCGACUCGCCUGCUGCCCUGGAAUCAGCCUUUUCUUCCUAUUCGGACCUCAGCGAGGGUGAACAAGAGGCUCGCUUUGCGGCAGGAGUGGCCGAGCAAUUUGCCAUUGCAGAAGCCAAGCUCCGGGCCUGGUCUUCAGUGGAUGGCGAGGACUCCACCGAUGAAUCCUACGAUGAGGACUUUGCUGGAGGAGCUGACUCAGAGAUGGCCGGGCAGCUGCCCCUGGGGCCCCACCUCCAGGACCUUUUCACCGGCCCCCGGUUCUCCAGGCCUGUGCGCCAGGGCUCUGUGGAGCCUGAGAGCGACUGCUCGCAGACCGUGUCCCCAGAGACCCUGUGCUCCAGCCUCUGCAGCCUGGAGGACGGGUUGCUGGGCUCCCCAGCCCGCCUGGCCUCCCAGCUGCUGGGCGACCAGCUGCUCCUCGCCACACUGCCCCCCAGCCGGGAAAGUGCCUUCCGUAGCCUGGGCCCAUUGGAGGCCCAGGACUCGCUCUACAGCUCGCCCCUCAUGGAGUCCUGCCUUUCCCCCGCCGAGGAGGAGCCAGCCGCCUGCAAGGACUGCCAGCCUCUCUGCCCGCCGGGUAGCUGGGAACGGCAGCGGCAAGCCUCUGAUGUGGCUUCUUCGGGGGUCGUGUCCUUAGACGAGGACGAGGCAGGGCCGGAGGAACAGUGACCCAAAUCAUGCCUGGUGGUGGCAUGUGUCUCCCGGCUGCUGCUGGGGGCAGAGCUUCUGUGCCCAAGUGCGGGCGAGAGGCUUCCGGCAGAGCUCCAAAGCCUAGAGGGCUCCUGGGAGCACUCACUCCUCCGUUGUGUGUUUUGCAUGAAAGUGUUUGGAGAGGAGGCAGGGGCCAGGCUGGGGGCGCAUGUCCUGCCCCCACUCCUGGGGUUUGCCGGGGGUUGCCCGGGGCCCCUGGGGCAUGGCUACAGCUGUGGCAGACAGUGAUGUUCAUGUUCUUAAAUCAAAAACACCACAUACACAUUUCCUCCUUGGACGAUGUGAACCCCUAAGGGGGUGGUUGUGACUGGGCCGUGUGGGGUGGAACGGGAGGGAGCCCGCCCCCCCCCUGCCCCCUUCCCCAUGCCUCUCUCUUCUCUGCUUCUCUCCACCUCUGAGUCCAUGUGCAGUGCUCGAUAGAAUCACCCCUACCCCAGGGCAGGCUGGCUCUUACCCUCCUGGAGCCUAGGAUUGAGCCAUCCCCCAAGGGCCCCUCGCCCACCUGGGCUCGUGCUGUGCUUCGCCUCUCCAUCACCUCUAAAUCUUCUUCUUUUUCCUAAAGAAAGAGGGGUUUUGGUCUGUUCUUUCAGUCGGAUGUUCUCUGGGAGGCAUUGGAUUGAUGAAAGCAUGUACCCUCCACCCUUUUCCUGGCCCCUUGUAGGAUGUGUGGGCAGGGUCCCAGCGGCUCCCAGCCUGCCUGGCUGCCCCCAUUCACCAAGUUCUCCUUAGAGCCGAGCUGGGAGAAGGGGUGGGUGGCUCUGGUAGCUUUGGAGCUGUGACUUCGCUGUUCUUCCGGAGAGGGUCGCAAGGAGGCCACACGGGUGGCUGGGCAGUUGUCUGCUGAUGCCUGAGCCCGGCAGAAAUGGUGCCAACGAGCGACGGUCGGUCGUGUGGGAGUGUCUCUCCUUGGGGAGGGAAGAGAGUAGUGCCUUUCUUGGCUGAACAAAAGGCCAAAGCUACAAUACUGAGGGCCUGUGCCCUAGCUAGGAUUUUGAUAACUAAGCAGUGGAGGCCUCUGUAGAUCCUGUAUUCCACAGACAGUGAGCUCUGGGUUUGAUGGCUGCGGGGGGUGUGGGUGGCUGCAGAGUUCGGAGCCUUGUAGGCUUUGGCAGAUAAGAGGGCCCAAGGUAAGAACAAGAGCUGAUGGGCACAGGCAUUCUAUAUAUAAGUGGCUCAUUAGGUGUUUAUUUUGUUCUAUUUAAGAAUUUGUUUUAUUAAAUUAAUAUAAAAAUCUUUGUAAAUCUCUA